AUGUCAAAGAUGCUGCGCUUGUUGUUUUUCAGUCUCCUCUUUUAUUCAGUGGAUUCUUGUUCAACAGUAUCUAGAUCAGGUGUAUCACUAACUGGAGUAUGUCCUAAUGGUACUUUUACUGUACCCAUUGGAACAACACUUGAAUAUAACUGCUCGUACAGCUUUAGUGGAUCUUUUUUAGUCUAUUGGAAUGUCAGUGGUAAUAUUAUUUCUGCAUUGACAAAUCCUCUUCCAGAUGGAAUUACUAGUGUCACUGCUGAUAAUAUGAAAUCUGUUAUAACCAUAGUCAUUAUGAAUGCAUUAGAAAUUCAAUGUGGAUUGUGUGAUUUUUCAGCAAGCUGUUUCCCAGUACAGGAGUUUGUGGGAACAGAAUCAGCUCAAGCGAUUGCUUUUGGUCCUCCUUCUUCAUUAUCCCACGAGUUAAGAGAGAAUGAGGCUGUUAAGUUGUCAUGGUUACCUCCUCUAGAAGCACCCAUACCAUUAUUCGCAUAUAAUAUAAUAAUAAUGGAGUCAACUAAUAAUUCACUGACAGUAACUGAUAUAAACAUCACUAACAAUACAUAUGUAAUAAUAUCACCAAGGGACAUUGUGCAGUAUACUCAAUGUACUUCAUAUCAAUGGGGAGUAAGAGCAGCUGCUAAUGUAAGCUAUGGAUUUACUAAUGUAACAAUGGCAAAUGAAACUUUCACUAUUAUUUCAGGUCCUGAAUUAUCUGAUGAAUUGAUUGUUAUUGACGAUAAUCAUACCAUUGAAUUCAAUGUUACAACUCCAUGUGAUAUUGAUCUAUUAAACAACUACACAUAUACUUUACUACAAAGAGACUACUGUCAGACAGAACUCAAUUCAUCACAACUUAAUAUCAGUAUACUUGAUGAUAAUGUUCUACCUAAUAUGUUAAUACCAAUCAGUGUUACCAUUGGAUCAUUGAUUCAUGAUUCAACGUGGUCUGUAGCUAUUUAUGUAUCAAGCAAGUUUGGUUCAGAUACCACAGAUUAUGCUAACAUCACAAAUGAUAAAA